AUGUCGUCGCCUACCAGCUCCCUCUACAGCACCUACUCAACCGAGUCCUUCUCCACCCGCGGCUCUUCCUGUGCCUACCCAUCAUGGCCAACCGGUCCCUCGCUUGACCACCGCAGUCCGCCAUCGUCUUACAUUAGCGAUGCCGACCUGUUUGGCGAGGACUUUGACGACGAGUUCGCCUGCCCACUCCUCGAGGAGGCACCAGCACCGCCCCGUGUUCCCCCCAUGGCCCAGGCCUUUCCCAUUCUGCCUCCACUGUACGCGCAGAAGAAGCCCAAGAGCGAGCGCCGCCGCAGCAGCAGUGGCCGCAAGCAGCGCCGCACCUCCAAGCCAAUGACUCCUAUUGCAGAGUCACCCGAGCAGGUUGAAUGA